UUUAAAGGAAGGAAUGCGCACUGCAAUUCAUGUAUUACCGAUAUCUAAUGUGUUUUUUUCCGUUCAGUCGAAUAAGCGUAAUUUAUCAAUAUCAGAAGUAAGCGUUAGGGCUGCCUGGACUUACUGCCUAUAUUGUUCGUUUGAAGUCAGUUGAUGAAGUUCACUGAUGUGAGAAUAUUCGGAAUAUGAACAAGGGAAAAACAGGACCGCAAUCCAUCAAUCCCUGGGACUGCAACUGUUUGGACUGAAAAAAAUCCUAACAGGAAUAUAAUCGACAGCACGUUAUUCGCGUGAAAUACAUUUGACAAUGGGACUAUUUAUUUAUUUUUUUCCCAAUUCGUCUGGUACAACUGAAAGCACGAAAUAUACUUAGAAAGUACAUAUCAACUGUACUUCUUUAAGUAUUUAGGACAACUUUUCGGUAAAUUCAUUAAGAUUCUUUGUUUUAACCGAAAUAUAAACAGAACUACGUCACCUCGAAGAAUAGUACAAAAUAGGGCAAAACUUUAUCCAAAAUAUCAACAUACUUAGCUGAACUCCUAGCAGACGAAGGGAAUAUUAAAACGAGCUUAUUGUACGUCUUUCAAACUGCCGAAUCGUGAUUAUAACUGCUGUUGAAACAAUUAAAAGCGCGCGGAAAACAGGUGGAAUCGACUGUAACAAAUUAGAAAUACAAGACAAUACGGUUCAAUAGGGUGUACCUAAUGAAAGAUAUGUAAUAGUUUGUGAGGGAAUAAAGUAUAAACUGACGGUAGCAUUAAUCUACUGGCAUUUGCGAAAUUCCACGUUAUUGUUGGGAGUAUAUAAAUUGCUUUUCUACCCACUGCAGAAAAUGCAAUAUAGUUGUGGUCUCCUAGAGCUUGUAAAUAAUUUAUAACUUUUAUACUGCUUGAGUAAAUAAUACGGAUUGUAGAGUUUAUUUAUUGGAACUGUGACAGUCUGAUAAUACACUGUGAUUGACCAUAUCCUUUUAUAGGCGAAAUGUAAUAUCAGAAAAUACGAAGACGUGACUUGCGUGGGAUCAGAUAUUUUAUUAAGCUUGCACGGUAUAAAAAGCUUUAUUCUGGAAACUCUUUCAGUAACAGUUCCGUGUCAGGAAUUGUGGAAAGUCAAUGCGCGGAAUUAGGAGCAAUUUUAUCAAACGACUUGUCUUGAUGUUUGGUAAAGAUCAAAUGUGGUAGUUUCUUUUUUUAUCAAGGAAAUAGUACGAAGUGCUCUAUCCUUCCAAAGGAAUGAAUUUGAAGACAGCACAGAAUGCCUAAUGAAUAAACAUAUUUUACGACAACAACUGAAACAUUUUACACUAUUUUUACACUGGAAUCAUUUCAGUUGAAGAAAAUUGAUUAAACAAGUAUCAGUUAUUAUUUGUGCAUAAACUUAAUACAGAAACACGUGUUCAGCAGGUGGGUAAUUUGUAAUUUCUUGCUUCAAGGGCUUUAAUAAAAGAUCAAACAAAACUUAAAUGCAUUCGGUGAUAUUCGGAUAUUUUUGCUGAAAUACGCACUGAAAACUGGAACCCUCAUAAAGUUGUCUGCUGGAAACGUAGCUAUUUUCAUACAAGGAUUAAAAAAAGGGACUUCCUAUUAGCAACUUAUUUAUUACUUGUCUUAAUGGAAGAACCAGAUGAAGGAAUGUUUUAAUAAUUUAGCUGGAUAAUUUUCUGUCGGAUGUAUCAUGUUUGAACAAUACUCCAAGGGAUAGGUUUCAAUAUCUCGGACAAAAUGACGGGGAUAUCCGCCGAUAGUGAUUUUAUGACAGCAGACGACCAAAGAACAUUGGAACAAUCAUCCGCUAGUUACGUGGUGUCACAUGUCAAUAUGACAAAUCUAAUGCUGAGCAAUUUUGCAAAUAGCACUUCGGGCGGAUUUAAAUUAGACAAUACUGGAAUUGGAGGAGGAAGAGUGACGUCAGGAUUUGAUAUUACAAGUGAUUCCAUUUUAGCGACAAUGAACGAUUCACAGUUUCGUAUUUUGACACCGUCAUUUAUUCUUGUCUGCAUUUUGUUAGCCCUUGGGGUUCCUGGAAAUGCAAUAGCGCUUCUUGUGUACAUUACGAAAAUGAAACGAAGUACCGCCAGUUAUUUCAUUAUCACUCUAGCUUUUAGCGAUUUAAUAAAUUGUAUAAUUAGCCUGCCGGUCGAACUUUACUUGAUUUCCCAUUUCUGGACAUUUGACUUUCCCUGGUUGUGCAAAUUUUCCAGAUUCCUAACGGCGGCCAUGAACAAUACGUCAUCGUUCGUGCUGGCAGCCAUAGCAGUGGAGCGUUUCCGGUCUAUUUGUUUACCAUUAAAACCGCGAAUAUCUUCAUUGUGUUGUAAGUUUAUUUGUGUGAGUUUACUAGUCUGUGCUUGCCUGUCGGCGGUGCCAAUGAUAUUUGGAUAUGGAACUUUUACAUACAAGAUUGAAUCCUACAAUGUAACGGUUGAGGCUAAAACUUGUUUGAUUGAUGACCGAGUCUUAAAUACGUCAUAUCCGAACAUACUGUUACUGAUAUUUUUUGUAGGGCAUAUAAUUAUUUUUAUCAUUUUGGCAGUUUUAUACACGUGUAUAGCAAGGAAACUUAUAGCUGGAACUAAGUUUAACCACUCAGAAACAGCGACCAAAAAUGUGCUUUUGCAGCGACAAAAUAGUGCUUAUUCAAUAACUUCAUUUACUAAAGAGUCCAGAACAAGCGUCCGGCUGUUAUCGAUGGACGUUGAACAAACUCCGAAUGGCAAACGGAAGUUGCUACGGUCAACUAGCAGCCAGUCAAAUAUCGAGUUUAACUUGUCUCGAAAACAUGGCGGACAUCAUGUGCGGACCAAAAGACUAACUUGCAUGUUAUUCUUAGUGACAUCAGUAUUCGAAAUUAGCUUUAUUCCAUAUUUGGUAGUCGUUUGUAUACGGAACCAACAUCCGGAUUUAUACGGAAGUCUUUCGUUUCCCAAUAAAAUGGCAUAUCAGUUCUUUCUAAGAUUCUACAUGAUAAACUGUGCGAUGAAUCCCGUUAUUUAUUGCUUCUAUAAUCAGAAUUUUAGACAUGGUGUUAAAAGAUUGUUCUAUGGUAUUAAGGACUCUGUUUUAAACAAAAUUGUAUCAUGAAAACAUGAAAUACAUUGUUUGCUUGUGCUUAUUA